AUGUCUGUCAUUUUAGCCUCUGCGGGCUACGAUCAUACUAUUAGGUUCUGGGAUGCGUUAACAGGAGUAUGUUCUCGUACAAUACAGCAUACGGAUUCACAAGUCAAUAGAUUAGAAAUAACUUCCGACAAGAGAUAUUUAGCAGCUGCAGGGAAUUUAUAUGUUCGAUUAUAUGAUAUAAGACAGAAUGGUGCCACAGGAAAUAGUACGGUGACCAGUGGUGGAGCAACAGCGGGGUCUUGUGCCAAUAAUAAUCACAAUAGCAAUAAUCUCAACAACCCCAACUCCAACUCCAACUCCAACUCCAACAACUCCAACAAUAAUCCAGUAAUGACAUUUGAAGGACACACCACUAAUGUGACCUCGCUUGCAUUCCAAGCCGAGAACAAAUGGAUGGUCACAUCAAGCGAAGAUGGUACCGUUAAAGUAUGGGAUGUGCGAUCGCCAUCAGUUCAAAGGAAUUAUAAGCACAAUUGUCCAGUCAAUGAAGUGGUCAUACAUCCCAACCAAGGAGAACUAAUCAGUUGUGAUCAAGAGGGAAAUAUACGUGUUUGGGACUUGGGAGAGAACCAAUGCACACAUCAUUUGAUUCCCGAAGAUGAUGUGCCGAUUAAUUCAUUAAGUGUAGCUAGCGAUGGAUCAAUGUUGGUUGCGGGGAACAACAAGGGCAACUGCUAUGUUUGGAAAAUGCAAAACCAAAAGGACUUGACUUCCUUGACUCCAGUUACAAAGUUUAGAUCACACCUGAAGUAUAUUACUAGAGUUUUAUUAAGUACAGAUAUGAAACACUUGGCUACUUGUUCAGCAGAUCAUACUGCUAGGAUAUGGUCGAUUGAACAGAAAUUUGCAUUAGAGACAACUCUACAAGGUCAUCAGAGAUGGGUUUGGGAUUGUGCAUUCAGUGCAGAUAGUGCUUAUUUAGUUACUGCUUGUUCUGAUCAUUAUGUAAGAUUGUGGGAUUUAUCAAACAGCGAGACAGUGAGGCAAUACAAUGGGCAUCAUAAGGGAGCAGUAUGUGUUGCAUUGAAUGAUGUUUAG